AUGGCUCCUGCUGGAGAUGACGACGAGCAACUUCCUACCACAAAGGGAGCCGAGGAUGGUGCACCGCCGGAAUCCGAGGAGGACUACGUGGAGGCGGUGACGAGACAUGCCAAGUAUCUUGGCAUGGAUCCAGAGCGUGAUGGUGCCUACAUGUGGAUUGCAGAAGAGGCGCUAAGCGCCGAGGUCCCCGAAGGAUGGGUAACCGGGGAGGGAGAGGGAGAAUACGAGGGCCUCGUUUACUACUACAACGAGGCCACGGGAGAAAGCACGUGGGACCACCCCCUCGACGAGUACUACAGGGAAAAACUCAAGAGAAAAAAAGCCAGGCGGGCUGCGAGAGAAAAGGAAGAGAAAGGAAAUCGACAAGACUCGAAGUCUCGCGCAUCUGCGUCCAAGUCAAGAGCCAGCCGCAGCACUAGCAGCAGGCGCCACAGGUCGGGGGAUGACAUGGAAAACGACGAACGUAGCGAAUCUAGAUCACGGAGAGAGCACACGACGGAAAAACACGGGUCUUCAAACGGAGUGGCCAACGGAGAUCAGGGCAGCCAAAGUUCGGGACACCGUGACAACGCUAAGCGAAGCAAAACGCGCAAGGAUAGUCGCAGGCACAGGGAUGACAGGGAACGGUCGAGACACCGCAGCACCAGCAGUAGGACCCAGCGUGAUGACAACGGGGACGGUAGAGAUGAACGCCGAAGCUCGACGCACCGUCGGAACGCAAGCAACCGACACAGCGAUAGCGGCCGGGCCCACAGGCGCGAAGAAGAAGACUGGGGGCACCGGCGAAAGGAAGAGGGCCGUCGAAGACGGGGGAGUGGUCGCGAGCAGGAAUCAUCGAGUGAACGGCAUCGAAGCCGAACCCGAGACAAAACACGGAGGAGCAGCAGUGGCGGCGGUGAAAGCGACAGGUCGAAGCCAGACGAGCCACCAGAGGGGAGAGAAACACAGGAGGAUCGCGGGAAUAGGGUUGACAUGCCAGCGGUGCACCACAGUGUUGAUGGAAGGAGCUCCACGCAGGCCUCGCCGGCGGCAUGGAAGAACAACGAUAUGGAGGAAAUAGACUUUGAAGACGAGCUACGAGACAUGGAAGAAGGCGACGGUGACCCAAACGUUCGGCAUGAAUCGCCAACUGAGAUGGAAGCCCCCGACGCAGAACCGCAAGGCAGAUCAUCUCCAGCCGUAUCCGGAGUCGGUAUUGAUACGAAGAACCAGGGUGAACCACUGUCUUCCCCACCGAUGUCCAAGGCUGCAGCAAUUGCGAUGGACGACAAAGCCCGACGAUCCAGCCCGCGUGACCAUCCGAACAAAGCUAGCAAGGCCAACAAAUUGGGCAACGAAGACGAAACGCACUCCCGUCGUGAUACAAGUGGGGAACGAGGUAUCAACUCGAGAGAGAGCGGACUGCCGUCGGCAGCGGGGAAGGCAGAUCGAGACCUGGACGACUGGCCAGAGGUCGCCGGCAAUCCCGCAAAAGAAGACGCGUCGGGGGAUUCCGCAAAAGAGCAAAAGGGAAAGCAAUACUCGAGCGCGCACGGCACCCGUACAGAACGUGAAAGUCGGGCGGAGACUGGCCGGAGGGGUCGAGAGAGGGACGACCAACCCGACGUUGUUUUUGCUAACGCUGCUGAUCGGAAUCGUUCGUACGGUGAGGACAGCGAUGACCACUGGCGAGGCAACGGCGCAACGCGAGGCUACGACAGAAACGUGGAGCGAACGUCUGAGCGGGAAUCUCGCCGCCUUCGACACGGCGGUGGAAUAGAAAGGGAUCGCGAUUCCGGAAUGGCGUCACCCCGCCGCGGAGACCGCACGGACAGGAACGACGGACAGGGUGGACAUUCAGGAAGACGACCAACCGCAAAAGGCAACACCGCAGGCCCCAGGCGACCGUCUGGAAGCCUUGGGGGUGACCACGGUGCUGACCAGUACUCUAGUGGCGACCGUUGGGACCACCAAUACAGCAGCUUCGGCGAUAUCGAGGGUCAGCGAUGGGGUGGCGGCGAGAGGGUCACGGCAAUGCAAAGACACCGCAGAGACGAAGACAUGCAGCAAAUGACGAGGGAGAAGGACAAGGUCGAGAGGCAGCUGCAGCAGCAACAGCAAGAUGCUGCCAAAAAAGCCAGGGAGCUGGAGAAUAAGGUAUUGAAACUCGAGGCUAGCUUGGCUUCCAGCACUUCGCGCGAAGAUCUCCUCCGCAGGGAGCUAGCGGAUGCGGCCAGGAGAGAGGGAGUCGCCCAAGAGAAGCACGCGAGGGCACUCUCCGAGCAAGAGCGAAAUGCGACAAGUUUGAAGGAAAAGCUCGCUGAGGCCGCCUCGAAGACAAGGGAGAUGUCUGUCGCUGGCGUGGCCGGGAAGGAAAAGGAGGAGGGGUUGCGACUAGAACUGAAGAACGCUCUCAAAAAGGCAGAAGACGCGGAAGGCGCCCUCGCUCGGAAGGAGGAGGCAGAAAAGGCCUCGGCGGAGAGGGAAAGUGACGUCCCAAGACUUCGACUCCUGCUGGCAAACAAGGAGUCAGAGACUGAAAACCAGGGAAAGGACCUUGUGGAAAUGCAAAGUCGGUUGGCAGAAGCACUGACGAAGGAGUCGGAAUCAUCGAAGGAGGUGCAUCGCACCAGAGAUCUGGCGGAACGACGGAGACUAGAGGCUGCUGAAACCAGUGCUCGAGCGUCCACUUCGGAGGCGGCUCUUUCUCAGGCUGCCAGCGAGAUGUCUGCGCUCAACCACGCGCUCUCCAGGGCCCGCGACGAAGUAUCCUUCAAGGAAUCGGAGAUCGCAAAGGCCGGGGAGGAAGCAAGCCGUUUGCGUGUGCAGCUGGGCCUUGAGCAGGAGAAGCGCAGUAAUGCUGAGGCUUGUCAGCAGCGGACCAAGGCCGCGUUAGAGAGCGAGGCCGAGAGUUUCCGAGCAAGGGCGGCGGAGCUUCAGUCGGCCAACGCCUCCAUGGAACGAGAAAUGCGAAACGGGCAGCAGGACGCUCUAUCAAGGCUCAGAGAGUCGGAAAGAGAGCGCGACGCAGCUGUCUAUGAGGGGAAGAGGUCCGCGGAGCUCGCCGCUUCAGCCGAAACGUGGAGGUUGAAAGAGACCCUCAGGGCCGACGCAGCGGAAGCUAAAGCCUUGAGCACGGGUACCGAGGUGGCAGAGCUGCGGUCGGAAGCAGCGAGACUACGGACCAGCAUGGACGCAGUGGCCGCGCCGCAUGUGAAGCGUAAUAUGGAGCUACGGCGACAAGUUCAAGACGCUCGCAGGGGAGCGGCCGACCUGACAGCCGAGGCGAAGCGUCUGCAGGAGACGCAUACUUCUGAACUGUCUUCCCUAAAGGACGAAGUUUCCCGCAAGCUCCCUUGGAUUGCUGAGAAGGCCGUAGCUGAAGCGGGGAAGCACUUCCGACAGAAGGCAGAGGAGGACAUGAAGGCCCUUAGGGCGGAUAGGGAUCGGCGGCUCGAAGAGCUGCAGGCUGCUAUGACAGAAGAUGAGGCCAGGCGGCACGAUGAUGUGGCAGGGGCGAGGGUGGAGGCCGAGCGAUUCCGGGUACUUGGGCAGGUUGAGGCACACAUAAACGCGCUUCGGGCACAGCUGAAGCAUGAAACACCUGGCCCGGAUUCCCUCACGGGCAAUGAAGGCCCUAAUCCUGGUGGCGGGGCGGGUCUGAGCUCGACCCCGUCGGGUGGUACUCGGAUGCCUGGGCACUCGGUAUCGGCAGCGGGUGCGGGAGAAACUGUCGAAGUCCCACUACCCGUGGAAACCCGAGGCAAUUACCAUCAUCCGCCGCCGACCGCCCGUGAACGUAGCGGCAAUGAAGACGGGCUAACGGAACGGGAGGACAUGCGUCUAAACCGCCUGUUGCGCUCGAGCAAUUCCUCCGCCCUAUCGUCACCGCCACCAACCCCGGGUGACGUGAUGGCACCGAUUAGCCCGCACCGGAGAGCGGAGCUAAACGAACAGCGGAGCAUUACUACUGCAACGCCAGGUGUCCACAACAACGGCGCUUCGGGCGGAGAAGGAUCAGCGAGGAGAGUGGGCGAAGGUGACGCCGAACAACAGUACCGCUAUGCGAUAGGAGGCGCUACGGACGGCGGCGUUAGUGACCUGCCCCGCGAGCUGUUCGCCGCCAGUCCUACGGGUGGAACCGGGCGUACCAGUGGUGACAAGCUGGCAAGACGAUUGGGAGAGGCCAGGGACAACGGUGGUUACACAGCUACGCCUCGAUUCGGGUCGUUGGCGGGUGACGUUGAGGACGACCUAGAAGAUAUUUCGGACGGCGGGUUUCACUCGGGAUGUUGGAGGCGGAAGUACGUCCGCGGAGAAAUGCGUUGA